AUGCCUGCCAAGACUGACUACUCCUACUCAAAGAAGUCAAUUUUGGAGGCACAAAAAAGAGUGGAAAGCAAUAAUCUUUACGAGGAACUGCGUAUCCUCUUGAAUUGUGCUAAAAUCUCGUAAGUUUACAAUAUCAUCUUCUUCUGUUUCAAUCGCAUAACGUUUUCAGAAAGGAAAGCACUCUGGCGCGUGCUGUCGAGUUCCUGACGGGCCAGCCAUUCGCUCCGGAUGGCCCUACAUCUGGUCCCGGUCCGAUCAAGAAAUCCGCGAAGGAACAGAUGCGGAGGGACCGGAUAUCUGCUGGAAUUGAGGCACUGAAGAUGUUCAUUCUCGAUAACAAACUGGGAACGGACAAACAGAGGUAAGAAACAGUAACUUGCUUUUCAUACAACGGUUUUUUUCUCAACUUAUCUCCAGAAAUCGAACAUAGAGACCUCUGCUUUUUUGUUAAAAGUUUGAAUUCUGUGGGAGGUUACAGCUUCACUAAUUUCUUUCCUCCGUAGGUUUUACCGGCCCAUGAUUCUUAACAACUUGCUUUUCUCACUUUCAACUUGUUUACAGACUGAAACUGGAGCACAACACGGUUCUCGACAUCAUCUGCAGGCACAUCAAGUCGAUUUCGCGGUCAUCGAGCACUUCCGACAGUGGCAUUUCAUCUGUUUCUUCUUCUUCUUCUUCUUCUUCUUCUAUCUCAACUCCAAGUCCAGUUCCCCUACUUUCCUUCCCGACUCCGAUGGUCUUUCCUCCUUCUUUUUACGUACCUACUUCCCCGUUCCUCUUCCCAAUUGUUCCUAUGACUGUCCGUGUGUCUCUUCCGAUUCUCCGGCCAUCUCGUCCCCAUCCGUUCAGCAUCGUCGCUCUUCUCGCCGACCAAAUCUCCGAUUUAUGAGCGUAUUGUGUGAUUCGUGCUCUCCUUUUUCUGUCAAAUAACUGUCAAAUGAUCAAUAAACUCUCUCUUUUUUCCACUCAAAUCAUGUUAUUGCCGCAAAAAGAGGGGACCGCGACGCAGCUCUGCCGACGACAGUUUCUAGAAGGUAUCACGAAACAGUAAAGGCAUAACUUCAUUUACUAUAUAAUAUAGUGUAGACAAUUUAUCUUUUCAAAUCCAUGCACUUGAUAAAUGUCUCUUGAGCUUUUUCUCUUUCUGUAAGACAAAGAUAACACGAGAAAAAGUAGAAACAGAGUUAUUUUCAGAAGAUCAAGAGUUGACCAUAAAGCAAGCAAAGUUUUCCUCUAUAAAUCCUGUGAAAAGUUGGAAAGAGGCAGUUUUAUGAAUGACAAAACAAAGUGAACAUUUGGCUUCGCUUUCCCUUUUCAUUUUCCCUUUUUCUCUUACAAUGCCUACAGACACUUCCAGUGAGUUCAGUCCCUUUCAACUCUUCCAACUUCUAAAACCCCAGUCCCGGUCCCUUCGGCGGUCCUCCAACUGUUUCCCGAUCAUCGGUACGGCCUGGACUUCACGUAUACCUGGGCUCCACCCGAGCCAGCACCGUCUCGGAGCAUCUUCGACUACCCGAAUUACCCGGAGAUUCCGGUGGAGUACCCUCCGAUCAGAAAACGAGCUCUGCUGCCACGUGGCAACAUUACGGAUAGGCUGCGGUUGCGAGCAAUGGCGAAUACGAGCAAGAUCAGGUUCUACGAGGAUGAUCGGUUUGGUUGGACCGGAUUUUGAUAGAUUCGGACAGAAUUCGGUGUAUUUCUAGGACAUGCCGAAUCCUUUUUCAAUCCUGAAAUCAUGGGCGACCUCCCGCAGAAAGUGAAGAAAGUUCCGAGUUCCAUAGACCUCUACAAGACGUACCUGGUUUGGAAGUACGGGGAAAAAGUUGAUUUGAAGCGAGCCGGUGAGUGUCUCGAGUUGAUUUCACGGUAAGGUCCUCGAAAUUCCAGAAUGGUCCUACAAAAAGUGGUGGAGUCCGUCGGCUCGUCUGAAAUGGUCAAUUCUGAAGACGCGGCUGAAAGGCGAACAGAAGAAGCAGAUUGGCGAGGGGUGGAUCCAGUUGGCUUGA